GCCAAGUUUUGAGAACGAGCAUGCUUCAUGCAGUUUUCUGUCUGACAAGACCAUAUUUUGGUCCCGGAUCGAUUUCCAUGGCUUGUAUUCAAAUUAUUUUGAUAUUUUUGUCUACUUAUUAUUUUCACUAAUUUAUGUACUAAUUAACUGCCUGUGUAGUACUAUUUUUAUUUACCUAAAUUAACUCUAUGUUUUAGGUGUAGUACUAAAUCCAAAAGCAUCUAUACCAAAUAAACAGCCACAACCUCUCAUAAUAAAUAGUACCACUCUCAAGAAAGUAACGCCUUAAUUUCCAAACAACCAUAACAAACUAAACCCAUUUCUUCUUCAAGAAAACCAAAUCAACCAAGAGUACAGUACUGCUUCUGUUCUUCUCAUAUAGUGGAUCAUAUGCCUGCGGGUAUGGAUAUGUCACCGCCGUCGUCGUCGUCGUCGUCAUCACCCAUGAGCAACGGCACCAUGAUGGGUGGCAUGGGACACAAGAUGAUGAUGCACAUGACCUUCUUCUGGGGCUCACAAGCCGAGAUUCUCUUCUCCGGUUGGCCUGGUUCUAGGCCGGGCAUGUACGCCUUGGCCUUGGUUUUCGUCUUCUUUCUUGCCGUCAUCGUCGAGUGGCUUUCCCACUGCCGUCUCAUCAAGUCCACCGGUUCCCGGGUCGCUGCCGGUCUGUUUCAGACUCUGCUGCAUGCGGUUCGGGUUGGUUUGGCUUACAUGGUCAUGCUUGCUAUCAUGUCUUUUAACGUUGGGGUUUUCUUGGUCGCCAUCGCCGGACACGCCGUCGGGUUCUUGAUCUUCGGAAGCAAGCUCGUCAAGAAAGAGGAAGCCGAGAAGGUGUCCUCUGAUCUUCCACCCAUGAGUUGUUAAUUUUUCUUUUUUUUAAUUAAUUAAAAAAAAACAGCUGCUGGGUCUUUUAUAGAGUUGAUUAGGGUUCUAAUGUUCCUUUUUAAAAGAAAAAAUUAGAUGUAAUGUAAUCUCAUCCAUAGAGUAAGAGUAAUAUUGUGUUUGAGUGUGUAAAAACUUCUUUAUGAAGCAACCCUUAUUUUUAAACUUUUUCAAAUAUAUCGCAAACUUGAUGUUC